AUGAAUAUUGAUCAUAUUUUAUUAACGGGUGCCUCGACUGAUAGACGUACAGGACAUUUUUCUUUAAUAAAAGCUCCUCAUCCAACGAAUACAAGAGAAUCACCUGAACCUUCUUUAAUUAUGGGUUUUUAAUAACCUUGGAAGGAGAACGCAUUAUAAAUAUUUGUUCGCAUUACCAAAUUUAUAAUCAAAUUGAAAUAGGCUGCUGAACAAUACAGAUUUAAAUUAAUAACUCAUCGCAUCCAUAAUAUAAUAGGUGAUAAAGCAUCGAAUUUUUUAUAUUAUCAAAAAAAAGGAUUAGUGAAAGCAAAAUUUACAUUUCUUGAUUUUAUAACUUCUGUUAUAGCAAAUAAAAUGCAAUCAUUUGAAUUUAGAGUAAUCUAACCAGAUAGCAAAUUUAAAUUGAUUAUGGAUUUGAUAAUCCUUGUACUUAUCAUAAUAAAUAUCUUCUACAUACCAAUGCAAUUAUCAUUUUAAUUAAAAGAAGAUAACACCUUAAUUGAUUUUCUAUUUAGUACACUACCUAGUUGGGUAUUUAUAAAUUAAUAUUAAGGAUUUUCCUAUUAGAAAUAAUUCUUAAUUUUAACACAGCAUACUAUUCAAAAGGUAUGAUUCAUGAAAGUAGAUAGAAAAUUUUUAAACAUUAUGUUUAAAGAGAUUUUGUUUAUGAUUUAAUUGUGGUUAUACCUUUUUUAAUUUCUUAAUAUGAGAUUCCUUACAUUAAUUUCGUGUUAUUACUGAGAAUAACAAGAGUUAAGAAAAUUUUUGAAUAAAUUGAAGAAAUAUCAUUAAUCAGAGAGAAAUUCGCAGCACCUAUAGAUAUAUGUAAACUUUUAUAUUUUUUAAUUCUGGUAUCUCAUAUGCUUGGAUGUGCAUGGCAUUUUGUAGGUUAAAUAGAAUUAUAGAGUAAUUCUCAGGAUUGUUGGUUAACAAGGUAUGGUUAUGCUGAAAAAGAUUGGAUAAUUAGAUAUGUUGCAUCAUUGUAUUUUGGAACUAUAACUGCAUUUACAAUAGGAUAUGGAGAUAUUGUUCCUUAGAAUUAAUUUGAAUAAAUGUUUGUUAUUUUUACAGUUCUAAUAACAUCUCUGAUAUUUGGAUACACAAUAUCUGCAAUAUAAUAAAUAUUUGGAUAAUUGAGAGAAAAGACUGAUCAACAUCGAAAUAAUAUGGCAACAUUGAAUUCAUAUUUAAAAAAGAAUAAAAUAAAUCCUAUUCUUCAAAUGAAGAUAAGAAAAUAUUUUGAAUAUUUUUUUACUUUAGAUGAAACUUAAGAUGUUUUAAUAGAUCAUCUUAAUGAAGAUUUGAAGUAAGAAUUAAAGGCAAGUAUCUUUAUUUCAAAAAUGAAACAGUGUUAAUUACUUAAUAGAUUUAAUGAUUCUCUUUUAGCUCAAUUAAGUAGAGUUGUUAAAACAUAGAAAUUUCUUCCUGGAUAAAUUAUAUUUUAAUAAGGAGAAUAUAUACCUAAGGCUAUGUUUCUUAUUAGAGGAGAAAUAGAAUCUCUUAUUAAUAAGGUUUCAAUUAGAAAAUAAAAAUAAGGUUCAUUAGGUAUUAGAGAAUUCUUGUUGAGGAAUGCUGUACAUUAUACUACUAAAGCAACUAAAUUUUCAGAAAUUGCAUAUAUAACUCAUGAAGAUUUUAUUGAAGUUGUUAAAAAACAACCUAGUAAUUAUGAACAAUAUUGUUCAUUACGAGAUGAUUUAUAAUUUGAUUUAUGUCCUAUCUAAUGUCAAGUCUGUUUAAGAAGUCACAAUUUUAUGGAUUGUCCUGUUGUAUUUUAUAGUCCAAGUAGAGGUAAAAUUGCUAUUGACAAAGGAUCUAAUAUUAAUUAAAUUAGACAUCAUUUACAUUAAAGAAAGAAAAAGAAAUCAAAAAAUAGUUUCUCAAAUAUGGUUGAGAAGAUUGAAUCAGCUCUUGAUUUCUAAUUAGAAAAUGGACUGUUGUAAUAAGAAUAAAUUAAUUCUUAAUAUAUAUCAGAUCUUGGUUUACCUCUUAAAAAAGAUGAUAUCUCUAUUGAUUCAUUUUCAAAAAGAAAAUAACAAAAUGUUGUAGAUUUAUUUAAACUAUCGAAAGUUAAGUAAUUAGUAAACUCAGGACGUCUUUUAAAAUUAGAAAAAAUUCCACAAGUUAUAAGUGAUUUGUAUUCAGAUUUCCUCAAAAUCAAGAAAGAAAGUUUGGAUAAUUUUGAUAAAAAUGCGAAUUUAGAACAUUAUCGUAUUGAUGAAAAUAUCUUGAAUAUUUUGAAAAAUUUUAGUAAUCGAGAGUAUAGAGUUGUAAAUAGAAGAAUUAGUAGAAUGAAAACCUUUUAUAGAAGAGUACAAUUUAAUAAAACAUGA